GCAGCGACCAGCGGAAGCAGCAACGAGACGAGCAACAUCUACAGAACAUGGUGGCGAUGUUUCGGGAGAUCAACGACGCCAUCGAUAUUGAGGGUAACCGUUCACCACCAGAAUCAAAAACCAAGCUGGCUACGAUUACGAACAUCCGCCAAGAGGAGAGCUCAUACCCGACCGAGGCCAGGAUGCACGCCAAGAUGAAGGCCCUGGUCGACAAGCCGAAAGAAGUAAAGAGGAAGAAGUUCGAGUUUGAGAGUCGAUUCGAUGACUGCAGAGAUUACAUCAAGGAGCUGGGCAUGAGCAGCGAGCUCUUCGCGAUCUACGAGGAAUACGAGACGUACUUAGAUGACGAAGAUUACCUCGUGCCCUUCACCGAGGAAGAGUUCUACGAUG